GGCAAUUCAAUACCGUGAUACCACUUUUUCGGGGGUGGUAUUUUAUCGUAAGUAGACAUGACGCCCCCACAGAAACUCCGGCAUGGACGUGAAGCGCGAAACCCUAAAUGGAGAGUGGCAGUUCCUCCUGUACCGGUGUUGAAGCAUCCUGGUGGAGCACCUCAGCUACGACCCACCCACUUGCAACCCGUGGAGCAUGUCCACAGGUCCCACUUUCCCCCUCCUCCUCCACACCUCCCUCUUUUCCACAGCCGCCAUGCAGAGGAGAGUGCUGAGCGGCCUCACCUGAUCACCGUCGUCCGCCCGUGUCAAACCUCACUGCGAAAGAUCACAGUGCUGUUGAACCGCAAGGGUGUGAUAUCUUUUGAGCAGCUGUUGUUGGAUAUCUCAGAGGCAUUGGGGUUUCCGCGCUGGCACAGAGCCAGAGUCACACGCCUGUACACGACACAUGCACGAGAGGUUAAGGGAGUGUGUGAUUUCUUUAACGGCGAGGCAGCCUUCCUGGCCUUUGGAAAGGCUCGUCCAGAGCUCGGCAGCGUGCAGGAGGCUCUGGAGGAGCUUUUUCCAGAACAUUCACGUUACUGUGCGGAUGCAUCGAAGGCCUGGGAGAAGAAACUCCGGCUGGCACCGGAUAAAGCAGCCAAGGCCGACAGUGGAUACAGUGAAGGGACAGAUGGCAGUGGUGCUAACCAAGAGAGACACCAACACACAAAUACACAUGUCAAAAACAAUACUAACGCUCACACAAGUCAACAUGCAGACACACAACAGCUAGAAAACCACAAUCCUGACUCUCAGAAGUCAAAUAAAAAGACUUCUUGCAGAAAACUUGCUCAUCUUCCCAACAAUCUGCAGAAAUUGCAUGUGAGGGGUGGAGUCAAAGAGCAGCAGCUGUCUGUUGUUAGCCCAUUUAAACGUGAAAAUUAUCCCAGAGACGCGCACACACCCUCUUCCAUACCGUGUGAAAACUGCUUAGCCAGAAAAUCAGAAGUGACUAAUUCACUAUCCCGGAGAGUGCCACUUCCUCCUGUGUGCAGGAAGCAAAAAGGAGGUUCUCAUGUAGAGCAUGAGGUGAAAAAUCUGGAUAUUUGCUUCAACCCCUCACCUUCCCAGGCUGUCAGCAGAGAUGAUGAGAAGAGCUCUUUACCCUCUCAACUUCUAAACCCUGACCCGAAUGGGGAUGCAUCCCACAAAGACACAGAAAACGGAGAAAGCGUUCCCCUUCCCUCUGACGGCAGGGACGUCACCCUGUCAGACAUCGAGCGCUGCUAUGAAAUUGGACGCCUGCUUGGGGAUGGGAACUUUGCGGUGGUGCGAGAGUGCCGCUGUCGUGACAACGGAAAAACCCUUGCUGUGAAGAUUGUUGAACGCUCCAAGCUGAUUGGUCGAGAGCACAUGAUGCAAAACGAGUUGAGCCUCCUGGGUAGUUUGUGUCACCCUCGUAUAGUGCGGCUGUUGGCGCACCACCACACACACACACACUCCUACUUGGUGAUGGAGCUGGUGAGCGGAGGGGAUCUGUUCGAGACCAUCAGCGACAGGGGGAAGUUUUCGGAAGCUGAGGCGGGACUGAUGGUGUCAGAUGUGAGUGAAGCUCUGAAUUACAUCCACGGGAAAAGCAUCGUUCACAGAGACCUUAAACCAGAGAACUUACUGGUAGAGCAGGUUGAUGUUGGCGUCUGUCGGCUGAAGUUGGGAGACUUUGGUCUCGCCAUGGUUGUGACUGAGCCCGUCUUUACCAUAUGUGGCACGCCGACGUAUGUGGCCCCAGAGAUCCUCUGUGAGACAGGUUACGGUGUAGCUGUGGAUAUUUGGGCCCUGGGCGUGAUACUUUACAUCCUACUGUGUGGCUUUCCCCCAUUUCGCAGUCGCCACCGGGACCAGGAAGAGCUCUUCAAGCUAAUAAAACAAGCCCAACUUCAAUUUCCAUCCCCCUACUGGGACUCAAUCUCAGAGGAAGCCAGAAGCCUUGUCAGAACUUUACUUCAGCCAGAUCCAACAGUGAGGCCGACAGCAGCGCAGACGCUCCUGCAUCACUGGGUGAAUACUAUGGCUUCUGUUUGCAGGCAGAGGGCGCUCACAGACCAAACUCUGGGUAAAACAGCAGACAUAGCAGAACUACAGGAAAUCCAGAAACCACCUCAAACAAAUGCAGCAUUGACCGACAAAACACCAGAACACUUGGGCAGCAAAUGGGAUAUCUCUCUCAGCAGACAUGAAGGACUUACAGUACAAGGACAGGAUGAGAACAAACCAUCACUGCAACAGGAGACAAGCACAGUUCACAUCACACCUCUGCAGGACCACGACACGACACCAGUCCACUCAUGUGGUCAAGAGAAAAACCUGAGUCUCUCUGCUGGGCAUCACAGCAAGCGAGAAAUACAGGACCCAGGUCCCAAGCUGCCAAACACACAGUCAGACGGGCUCCUACACAACCCAAACUGAACCUUCAACACAGAUUAAACUAAAAUCAGAACAAAACAGCCACUCAAAGAGUCACAAUGUCCAAUCACAGGUUAUCGCAACUCAGUCCAUCAUUCAACUCAACGUCUCCCAAACACUGCAGCCACCUUUCAAAAACACCCGAGAGAGACACACCACUAUCUGCCACCUACUCACACAGUCCCGAUAUCUCUCUGAAAUCUCCUGGGUGAUUAUGUGAAUACACCAGGGUCCUCAUUUCCAUUUCAGGAGACAAUAACAGUAAUUUUGAAGAAGCUGAAUCCGCAAAUGACGGGGAGAUGAUGGGAUCUACUCUCUUGGAAUAAAUUAAGUCUGAUUGAUGAGUCUUGAUGCAUCUCGUUAAUGUGCAUAAUCAAUUUGUUCCGCAAUCAGACCUUAAUCUGAGACGUUACAUAAUGACUGAGUUAUGUGUCCAUCCAGGCCCAUAAAUGGUGAAUUUUAUCAGAGAUUUGUAAAGUUUGUAAUUUUUUUUUAUGUUGUGGUAGGAUUCAACAACUUUUUUUUGUUUUAAUAAUACAUUUCUUCAUUAUUUUUUUUCAUUAGGGUGUAUUUUCUCUUUCCAACCUAUGUAUAACUUUUAGAUGAGAGAUUAUGUCUAUGCUAUUGGGAGCUACUUUUGAUUUCAACCCCAGUAAUUUUCUAAAAUAUCAUCUUUAACAAUGUGCUUUCUGUUUGAAUGUUUUACUAGACUGGGUUGGCAAACUACUGCUCAUUUGAAAUAGUCUUCAUGGCAUUUGCAAUGUGUGGUGGUGUUAGGGUAAAUCGAUGUGUCGCGAUGUCCUCUUGCAAAAUCCCCAUGACAAUAUAUGACCACCUAAUAUAGGAAGUGGGUUCGGCUCUUCAGCCAUUCCACACAGACCAUAUAAGGCAUAUCUUUCUGUCCAGUGGGAGUGGUUUAUCCUGACUGCAGACAGCUGACACUCUGACAUUGUGCCCCACCUGACCUAAAGCACACUUACAACCCCCCCCCAAUCCCGUCUUUGCCUGUACCCUUCCCAGCACUUGAGGCUGUUAAGCCACAUAUUUGGGACACUGAUGGGAUGACAGUCCGUACAAACGCUUAGGACGUGGUAUUAGUGGCACUGGCCAAGGGAAGUUAAGGCUUUCCUUGAUCACCCUGUUUUUCUGGCUGAAAUAUUUAUGAUUUUUUUUUACACAUCCACACACUUACAGUAUGCAGGGCCCCAUCUAACCAGCUGAACCACUUUAGGAGACUGCGGCAUCAGAUUCAUAAAAAUGCAGUCAUUUUACUUGAUCAUGACUCGUACCAAACUGUUACCACAUUCUAUUAUGAUUAAAACAUUUCCAUUUAAAAUGUUACCAAAGCAAAAACUAUGAAAAAUAAUAAGGAAUAUGUAAAUGAGGUACUAACAUAUUUGCUCUGUGCAGAAAGAUGUUCUCUGAGAUUGCUGAAUUACUAAAUAUAUCACGAGAUUACAUUGACUUUCAGGCAAAAGCAGGGUUUCAGUGUUGUACUUCAGUGAGGUGGAUCUGUUUCACAUUCAUUUUGUAUUAGUCCUGCAAUUAAUGAUCACUUAAAAGCAUUUAUCUGCUGGUUGUUUUCAUCACAAAAUUGAUUGUUUGGUUUGUCAAAGACUAAAGGUUAUAAAUUAAUUUGCAAUAAUGCAGAGGCCAGAAAGACAAUCUGAUGAUACUUAUUUUGCCCAGCUAAUAGGAUGGAUAUCCAAUGUUUUACAUAUUGUUUUGAAAAAACAAGUUUUCCAGUAAUUUUCUAUCACUUAAUAAAUAAAUAUAUUUACUUAUUGUUGUAGCUGUACUAAGUUGUAUAAACCGUUAGCUAGAUUAAUGACAAAAUGUGUUUUGUAAGUUUCUCAGAAUAAGUUUCAAAUGUAAUUUUGCUUGGUGACAUCAGAAAUGACCAGUGAGUUUAGCACGGUUCAAGCCAACCCAAAGCCAUUUGCGACCAAUCAAAAGACAACAUCCCUAAUACAUUUGUUUUUUAAGUUUAUUUCUAGAGCCAGCCCCUAGUGGUUAGUCAAGGAACUGUAACUUUUCUUAUUUCCACAUAAGCUUAAACCUGGCAGUUGCAAUCUUGGCUCUUGGUUUGUCAUAAACUUUUGUUUGAAAAAAUAUUAAUUUGUAUAUUUGUUAGUAGCCACAUUUGUCAAAUAAAUGAGAAAACACAUCACGCCCAGCCUCCGUCAACUUCACUGGCUUCCCGUAACAACGCAUACAUUUCACACCCUCUCUUUCUUAUUUUCCUACCUACUCUCGCUGUAUUGUUGUUUCUGAGUAUCUGUAUGUGUUUGUAUGCAUGUGUGAACUGUAUGUUUUGUCCAUUUGUAUCCUUUUUGCUUUGUGUUUUUGUAAAAGUGCCUUUGGAUACUUAGAAAAGCGCUAUAUUACUGUUUGUAACUAUUUAAAUCUGGGUUCAUUGAGCGAAAAAAAAACAUGAAAACAAAUUCCCUGUCUGUCAUGUUGAUACUAGGCCAA